GUUUCUAGCAGCUUUCGCUUGUGCGACACAGAUUUAGCUAGUCACGCCCCAAAGGCGGCUACGUAGUGCGUGACGUCACAGUAUCGCGGCGUGCAUUAGCUGGCUGUGGGCAGGUUUCAGAAAAUCAGGACUGUCCUAAAAGCGUGACUAUUGGGCGGCAUGCCUUAGUAUCUGUGUGAGCAGGACAGGGCCGUACCGGAGGGGUGCCAUGGAGUACUUGCUCCAAGUUAAACUGGGAUGUCUGUUUGGGCUGCUCGUUCUCACUUUGUUAUUCGGGCUGGUGCCUUCCAGGGUGAAAUGCUUCCGGGAAGGGCUGGAAAGAGAGGCACAUCAGAAAUGGAUAAGCUUCAUAAGCUGCCUGGCAGGAGGAGUCUUCUUGGCAGCCUGCCUCUUGGAUAUUCUUCCUGACUUUCUGAGCGACAUGAAGGAGGAGAUGGCCAAUCAGCAAAUAAUAACUGACUUUCCGCUCCCGGAGUUUAUUCUAGGCAUUGGAUUCCUCAUUGUUCUGAUAGUAGAACGUAUUGUUCUGGACUGCAGCGAGUCCAUGAGUGAAGAGACUACCCCACUUCUCUCUGGCAACACCAAUUCACCAGCUAGGCAAGAGCAGCCUCAUGGCCAUUCCCACUCCCACAGCGGCCAGCAUAAUGAUAUAGACCACCCAAGGCACCACUUCCAUGUGGAUUUCCAUGCUCACUCCAACUUUCGUUCCUUUGUACUCCUCCUGUCUCUGUCCCUGCAUUCAAUCUUUGAAGGGAUUGCUAUUGGGCUCCAGAAUGUACAGACCGAGGUCCUACAGAUAGCUGUUGCUAUCCUUGUCCACAAAAGCAUCAUCGCUGUGAGCCUAUCCCUCCUCUUGCUGCAGAGCAGUGUGCAAACCCGUUGGUUUGUACUAUCUAUUGUUAUGUUUGCACUUAUGUCUCCCCUUGGAAUCGGUAUAGGUAUUGGGGUGAUGCACAAUCAAACUGAUGAAAACAAAAUGGUCCAGUGUGUGCUAGAAGGCUUGGCUGCUGGAACGUUUGUCUAUAUAACCUUCCUAGAGAUUUUGCCACAUGAACUCAAUUCUAAUAAAUGGCGCCUGCCAAAAGUCAUUUUUGUAUUGUUGGGGUUCUCAGGGAUGGCAGCACUAAGAUUCUUAGGGUAAAUGUUUUUGAACAACGACAUGCAGUGAGACUUCUUUCCUCCCUAUGUCCCUCCUGGAAACAAAAGAGGUGGAUGGCCUGCUCAGAAAACAUUGUGGUACUGUGUUAUAAACCCCUCAAAGCAGGUUAAUCAUUAUAUUAAUGUACUGUAAUGUAACUAAAAUCGCCAUAGUUCUUUAAAAAAAAAUUUUAAUUUGUAAUUUUUAAAGCUUUUAAGUAUUUUUGGUAAAUUGCCAGAUUUUAAUAUUUAUUCCUUUCUGGCUAACUUAACUGGACUCUGCUCCCUCAUUAAUCCAAGUGCUUCGAACAAAAUAGACUGUUAAACUUUGAAUUCUGUGGGUUUCAGUGGGAAUGCCAUGUUCUUGUUAUCAUUCCAGCAUUGCAUAAAUUAUUUGCAGGGAAUCUCCUUCAAUUCCAGCUGUUACCGAACUGCAACUCUUGCUGUUCCCAGCAAUUUGUAUCAACUGGAUGGCUUGAUCCUUUUUUUUAUAUUGCUAGACUGGUGUCUUACAAAGGGGUUAAGAGAUGUGACUUCUCUAGUCACUCUCAUAUCCCACACUUCUUGAUUUGCUUAUGGCCAAACAAAAGUGCAUGUCAUUAAGCCAUGUGUAUUCAAACCAGUUAAAUAACAUAUUCCAUUGCCUCUUUAUUUGGACAUAGCUUACAUUAAGCAUUCUGAAAGCUUGUGUCUAGAUGAAACUUAAAGGGGUGGUUCACCUUCAAACAACUAGUUGUUUUCAGAUAGAUCACCAGAAAUAUUGACUUUUUCCAAUGACUUUCUAGUUUUUCUAAUAUUGUGUAAAGUGUCAUUUUUCACCUUCUGAAGCAACUCUGAGAAGGGGGGGGUCGCCGACCCUGUAAACUGUUCUAAAUGGAUACAUUUAGUUGAUACAUUUCUUAUCUUUGUCCCUUCUGAGCAAAAUCUCUGGGUUACAUUACAGACAGCUGUUAGAAUUAAUACAAUCGUUAUUAAUACUCCAGAGAUGCUGCUGAGAAAUGUACCAACUAAAUUGUACCAGUUUAGAGUCUGCCCCUGAAUUACUGAGCUGCCAGAUCGAAGCACCAGAGAUAUUCAACUUUAACAUUAGAUUUUGGAAAAACAGUAAAAAAUAAAUAAUGGAUUGUAAUUGAAAAAGUAUUUAUUUAUGGGGAACAAUCUAAAAACAACUGAAUUGAAAAAAGUGUUAACUUACAUUGAAUUUUUUCAUUAAUUUUGCAAAACCUACUUAACCCAUGACGAUUGCUGCUAUAACACUAAUUCACCAAUAAACAACCCAAUCUAAAUCA